AUGGAUAACUACAACUUGUCAUUUUCAGAUAGUUGGUCCGUUGAGAAUGAUGUUCUUAGUGGGGAGGACGUCUUCCAUAAUUUUCGUGACUAUAAACCCGAAUUCACAAUUGACCAGAUUUUUCAAAGUAGAGACGACAUGGUAACUUGGGUGCGAAGAGUCGGUAAAGAAAAUUGUAUUGUUGUUGUUAUUAAGAAAUCUGUUAGUUUAAUUGGUGGCAAGCUGCCAAAGUGCAUUCUUAGUUGUGAAAGAAGUGGAAAGUAUAGAUCGGCACGGAAUGCAGUUGAAGGGCAAUUCUCGCAAAAGAAUACUGGGACAAAAAAAUACGAGUGCCUAUUUGAGCUGCGAGGUAUACCAAUACCUCCAGCGGGUGUCCUGUGGGGUGUAAGGGUUGAAUGUGGUCUCCAUAACCAUGAAACAGCAGAAUAUUUUGAUGGGCAUGAGUACCCGUCAAGGCUAACACCAGAGGAGAAAGAAAUUGUGCGCGACAUGGCGGACAACACAGCGCCUCGUGAAAUUCUUAGUGUUUUAAAUAAAAAAAAUCCGUUAAACACUACAUAUGCCCAAAGCAUAUACAACCUCAAAUAUACAGAUAACAUAGCAGAACGAGACGGUCUAAGUCCUAUUCAGUUUGUCUUGAAUCAACUAAUACAGAAAAGAUACCUCCAUGAAUAUCGUACAAAUCCAUACACCAAUGAAAUCACUGAUAUUGUUUGGGUUCAUCCUCAAAACCUAGACUUAUUUGUGAACUUUUCGUCCGUAUUGGUCAUUGAUGUCACAUACAAGACCAACGAGUACCGGUUACCACUAUUGGAGAUUGUGGGUACCACAUCCACAAUGUGCACUUACUCUCUCAUGGCAGAGUCCGCACAUGCAAAGCUGAAGCUAUAUUUGGGGGGUACUAUGUCAUCCUUACAACAAGCUUUUAAGAAAAUAGAUAAGAUGUUGAAAAAUCAAUUCGGGGACAUUCGGAGGUCAUUUCAGAGAUCUAUCAACAUCCCUCGCCAUUGGCAAAUACAUGACGAACUUUUUCAACAAGUAAGAACUUACAUUUCAUUAGAGGCAAUGGAGCUCAUCAAUGUUCAACUACAAUGCGCUGAAGAUGCAUCCUACCUCCAGUUCCAAUUGCGCGACUGUACAAUAAAAAUUACACACGGAUUGCCAUGCAAACAUGAUCUUGCAUAUUACCGUUGGUACUCCAUGCCAAUUCCGAUUCAGAGUAUCCACGAUCAUUGGAUUAAAUUGUCCAUGCGCGCGCCCAUUGUGAAUGACGAGGGAGAACGACCGAACAGAACAUAUGAAGUUAUAGACAGAUUACGUGGGAUGGAUCAAUCUACGCGAGAGCACAUGAUAGAUAGGAUUAUCGAUAUGACGGAUCCAUCUCAGAGCACAGAUCGAGGCCCAGCUUAUAACACGGCUCAUAGAGGUCGACCUACUGGUAAAGAAGAGCAAAGUGGACGACGCAUUCCUUCCUUUAUAGAAGCAUCGACUUCAUCAUCUAGGGUCGAAUCUAGGAGACGUGGGAGGGGCGAUGGAGUUCGCAAAACUCAAGCGAACUGUGUUGAAUUUUCAUUUCCAUCCAUCCCUACCGACUACAUUCAGCAUUUACCCCGAGCUUAUGAGCAUUACAUUUCUCACAUUAAUGACGUCCGAGAUGAUGGCCAUUGUGGAUUUAGGGCGAUAGCCGCUCAUAUAGGGUAUGGUGAAGAUUGUUGGGCUCAAGUUCGAAGAGAUAUCAUUAAUGAGAUUGAACAAAAUAAGGAUCUAUACGAUGCGCUAUAUCCAGAAAUAGAUUGGGCAGACCACCUAAUACGGUCUUUAAAUUACUUUGAAGAUUCGGCACCAGAUGAGUAUUGGAUGAACGCUAUGAGUAUGGGAGUUGUCAUCGCUUCGGCGUACAACCUUGUUUUGCAUACAUUUGAUGGGCUUCCUUCAGAUUGUUUUACUCACUUUCCAUUGAGAUCCCCUUCAGUUCCAGUCCAAGAGCUCAUUGAAAUAGCUAUUGCCCGUGUUGGGAACAAUCACUUUGUAAUGUGA